CCGGCCUCUCCUUGAGGGUUUUCGACUCGGGCGAGUCCCACCGAGUAUAAAAGCAGGGGGAUCUUCGUCGUACUCAUCAGUCGCGAAUACGACGAACACGACGAAUCCGAUAAGCUCGCGCAGCAUCAUGAACACGAAGGUAGUCCUGCUGCUCGCCCUCGUGGCGGUCGCUUUCGCAGAGGAUGCGAAGCAGAGCGACGCUAAGGCGGACGCGAAGAAGGAGAAGAGAGGCCUGUACAGCGCCCUGGGGUACGGUGGCUACAGCGGCUACGGCGGCUACGGCGGCUACAGCGGCUACGGCGGCUACAGCGGCUACGGCCUCGGCGGAUUGGGCAUCAGCGCCUACUCGUCGCUUCCGCUCAGCAUCAACCACGGCGUCUCCACCGUCCUGACGAAGGAAGUAGCCGUACCCGUGCCGCAACCGGUCGCCGUGCCCGUCGAGAAACACGUCCCGGUGCCCGUUAAGGUGCCGUACGCCGUGCCGGUCGACCGUCCCUACCCAGUACAGGUGCCCAAGCCCUACCCGGUCGAGGUGACGAAGCACGUCCCAGUGCCUGUGGACCGCCCGGUCCCCGUACCAUACAGCGUCCCGGUGAAGGUCCCAGUGCCGGCGCCGUACGCCGUCAAAGUGCCGCAGCCGUACGCCGUGCCCGUCGUCAAGCACGUACCGGUGCCGGUCGCGCAGCCGGUCGUCGUUGAGAAAGUGCACUCUGGUCUCGGCUACAGCGGUCUCUACGGCGGCUACAGCGGCUAUAGCGGCUACAGCGGCUACGGCAACUACGGCGGCUACGGCGGCUAUGGAUACUCCUCCUGGUAAAUCCGAGGACCGACGCGAACUGCGGAUCCCGAGCGACGCUCCCCUGACGACGCCACCGUCGCCGCGAGACGCCGUCGGCUGAACUCCUUGAGACAGGAAGGACCCCCGGAAGAGGACCGCGGAGGACCGAUCGACGACAGCCGAUGCCCAAGUGUCGAAUACUUCCGUCCUCGCGAAAAUUCACGGACGAUCUCUCGCGGAUUUUAACAAUCUCCUACCGAAUCCGCAUUUCUCUUCUUCUUCUUGUCUUUCUCCUUCUUCCUGAUGUUUCCUGGGCUUGUGCUUCCUCUCAUCGGUUCUUCGUCUCGUGAUGAGUGAAGUGUCACGGCAGGAGGAGAGCGUCCUCCAGCUCUCGCGCGAAGAGACAUUACCGCGAGUACCGCAAACGCGAUCGAAUGUCUUCGAUCGUCACUGUGACUACCUUUAGCCCUGCGUAUGUUUCUACCUGUAAUCUCACUAUACCGAUUGUUCAACAUCGAAAUAAAGAUUUUCGUACGGAAUUAGCUGCGGAUGUCCCUGGUCUCCUUCUCUCUCUCUCUUAUUCGCCGCAACCAUACGCAAGUUUCUUAAUUGGUGCCCACCAAUUAUAUAGCGUUGUUUCUGAUUAAGAUUUAACUUGGGAAAUGUUGAGCCAUUUCUUCUGCGAUAUUUAUAUUAGUAGUCGUUAAUUGAAGCUUAUCUUUACACGAGAUACUCAGAUGAAUACAGUGUUGGACGUGAGUUCCUCAGUUGAACCGCAGUUACUCUGGAUGUGCUCUGAACGUCCCAGGACUUUACUCACGACAUCCUAGAUACUUAUAUAUCGUAUAUAAUUCAACUGAACAAUUCAGAUUUAACUCAAAAUUUAAAUUUGAGUAUCCAACGUGAGACAAGUUUCGAGUAAGGACUAUUAAUAAGAAUCUUAAGGAAAUGAUUACACAAAUAAAACUUUUUUUUAUUUUUUAUAUAACAUGUAAUAUACUGCCAUUCAUUGACAUUUGUACUUUGUAUAAACAUUUACACUUUGUAUAAA